AUGGCAUAUGAUUCUUUUUGUCGUUUAUGUGCAACAGAUACACCACCAAUUGAUUUAAUCGAUAUAGAAGAAAAUCCAAACGGUUUACAAAUGAAAAUUGAACAAUGUUUUCAAAUAAAAUUCGAUGAUAAUGAUAAUAUUGCACCAAAACAAGCAUGUAUAUUGUGUGCAUCAAGAGUUCAUUCAUUUUAUGCAUUCUCAAUACAAGUACAAAAAGCACAGCUUGUAUUUAAAUCAAAUCCAAAUUUUGUUGAAGCGAAACUUGAAGAUAUCAAUAAUGAUUUUGAUGAUUUUAAAUUUGAUUUACAUAAUACAAAUUCAUCUGAUAAAUUUUCCGAUUGGGAUGAUAAUGACGGAGAUAAUGGUUCAGGUGAUGAUUACGAACCGGAGCCUAAAGUUAAAAGGGAAUCGAAACAGUUUAAAAAGAAUGGACUUCGUCAGAAAACAGGAAAUAAAAAUAAUUUUAAUCUAAAAGAAUCAGAGGAAGAUAUUGAAGAAAUGAGAACCGCAUUUAAUCAAAAAGUACAUGAAAUGUCCGUUAAAGUUUCCAAUCAUUUAUUAUCGGAUGAAAUGUACGCACGUUUAAUACGUGAAGUUGAAGAGAGCGAAGCAAAAGAAAAAAAAUUAUUGGGUGAUCAACGACGUUUGGCACGCUAUGAAAUCAUCGUACACGAUAAUAAUCGUAAACGAUUAGCUAUUCGUCGCGAACAACCAUCGGAUCCAAUCAAAUAUUAUGUACCAAAAAGUGAACUAUUCGAUUUGAUACGUAACGCACAUGUACAAAAUAAUCAUGGCGGUCGAUGUCGCAUUGAAAGUGUUUUACGCUCCAAAUAUAAAGAUAUAUCACGUGAUCUGAUUGUAUAUUACUUAAAGUUAUGUACAGUGUGUAGGAAUCGUAAAAAUACGGUUAGUGAACGACAACAAAUCAAAAGGGAAGAAGAAAAAGAGAAACCGAAAGUAAUUACACCACCUCAACGAAAAUUAAAAUGUCACGAAUGUAACGAAAUGUUUUAUACAUCAAAUGAGUAUACGGAUCAUUUUGAAAGUGUUCAUCAGAAAUCCGUCGAAUUUAUGUGCUACGAGUGUAAUAGAAUUUAUAAUAAUCAUAUUUCAUAUUUGAAUCAUCUUAAUAGUCAUAAAAAUAAAUUUCGAUUUAGAUGUGAACCGUGUGAUCGAUUCUUCUCAUCAAAUCGAAAAUUAAAGGAUCAUAAACAGCGGCAUACACAAAAUCGUACAAAAUACUUUUGUAGUGUUUGUGGGAAAGGAUUUUUGGAUCGAGGUUAUCUAGCAAAGCAUGAAAAACGAAUUCAUUUAGUUGGAGACAUCUCCCCGGACACAUUUAAAACACAUGAAUGUGAUGUGUGCAAUAAAUCGUUUGCAUCGAUAUCUAAUUUAAAUAAUCAUAAAAAAAUACAUUCUGGUAUUCGAGAUCACACCUGUGAACAAUGUGGUAAAAGUUUUUUCUAUAAAAGAUGCUUGGAACAUCAUAUGACAUCACAUAGUGACGAAAGACCCUUUGGAUGCGACAAAUGCUCUUCACGUUUCAAAACAAAAACACUUUUACAUCAACAUCAAUUCGUGCAUACAGGAGUGAAACCGUUCCAAUGUCAUGUUUGUGGAAAGAAAUUUAAACGAAAACCAGCAUUAAUUGAACAUUCGAUAACGCAUACAAAUAUAUAUCGAUUUAAAUGUGAAAUUUGUGAUAAACGAUUUCGUUUUAAGAAAAAUUGUGUAUUUCAUCAACGUUUACACACCGGAGAAAAACCAUACUCGUGUGAGAUGUGCAAUCGACAUUUUACAUGCCUAUCGUAUUACAAUAAACAUAUGAAACGAAAUCAUAGCGAUAUUAAAGUCAAGAAAGAGGUUAUUGUCGGUUUUUAAUUUAAAUUGCCUAAUUAUUUUUGUUCCUUUUAGCUGUCAACUAAUUAUAUAUUACAAGGGCGAAUCCAGAAGGAGGCAAUAGGGGCAGCUAGUUCCCAGUCCUGUUAUAGUAAAAUCCAGGCUCGUGUGUAGAAAUCAUCCAAGGGAGGGGGGGGUCAAAUAUUUGUUCAUUUUGUUAGAUCAUAAAGUCGAUAAAAACAAGAAAUUAUUUUUUCGGAUUAUAUCAAAAUGUGAUAUUUAGUCAAUAUUUUACUAGCUACAGAAUAAAAUUUUCUAAAAUUGUGUGCGCAUCGAUCUCUACAUCACGAUGUAUUUUGAGCGAGGUUAAACCGUUUUGCCGAUCUUCAGACAUUGUCGAUCUAAGUUAUUUUUGAGACGACGUAAAGUUGAAAAGAAGAUUUUAUUCGUCGCUUUUGUCACAGAUAAAACUGCCACAACGCGAAGCAUUUGCGCAUCUUCAUUGAAAAUAUCGAGUGUGUCGAGUGAAUUUUUGACGUCCUGUCCGGUAAUGCGUUUUCGUCAAAAUGUAACUUCGUCGACCCAGAUUUCACGGAAAUCAUCGUGCAAAAUUAAAGAGUCUGAUUCAAAAAGUUGAGCGCAAAAAUCUUAAUCAAAAUUUGUAAUUUUGUUGGGAAAAGGACAAACAUUUGAUAAAAUAUUCCGAUGGUUCAAAAAUCGAUCCUGUAAAUAUGUCAGAAACAAAUCGAUGUACGGUAUUGUAGAUUGUGAUCCGGAAAUAAUAUUCAAAUAAAUCAGUCUGUAUAUUCGAGUGUUGAGUCUGUUUUGACGCAAACCUUGGCUUCCGCAAUUCUAUGAGGUAUUCAUCCCAGAUUUCGCUGUAAAUUUUUCUGAAUCUUUCUCCAGCUUGAACAGCUAACUUGUCAAUGGAACAGCGUUUCAUAAAUGAUUAAAUUUACAGGACGAAUUUGUUAGUUUAAAUUUAUGUGGAGAGUUUCUCAAUUGGUUUUGGAGGUUUGACCUCCCAACCUCCCGGUACACAAGGACCUGGUAAAAUUAGCAGAAUAUAUACGGUUUAUUGACCGUAAAAACCAGAGGGUAUAAAAAAUGUAAAAUUUGUGCAAUUUCUUGUAAGGUUUCCUGGGGGAUUUCUAAGUAUA